CGCCUCUUUCCCUUUGUGACGUCUCCGGUCACUCUCUCUCCGGCCUCUAUAAUCUGUGCCUCUUCCUGCGCAGAUCUACCUGGCUAGCUACCCAAGCGGUGCUUACCUGCAGCUAGAACAUGGCCUUCGUCACCCGACAGUUCGUGCGCUCCAUGGCCUCCUCUUCCUCCACCACUGGACCCGCGGCCUCGGCCAAGAAGAUCCUCAUCAAGCACGUGACUGUUAUUGGAGGUGGGCUCAUGGGGGCGGGGAUCACGCAGGUUGCUGCAUCAACUGGACACACGGUUGUGUUAGUGGACCAGACAGAUGAGAUCCUGGCCAAGUCCAAAAAAGGAAUUGAAGAAAGCCUCCGGAGAGUGGCCAAAAAGAAAUUUGCAGAGAAUCCUCAGGCUGGUGAUGAAUUUAUUAAGAAGACCAUGGGCAGCAUCACUUUGAGCACAGAUGCGAAUUCUGUGGUCCAUAGCACUGACUUGGUGAUAGAAGCCAUCGUGGAGAACCUGGAAUUGAAAAAUGAGCUUUUCCAGAGGCUGGACAAGUUUGCGGCAGAACACACGAUCUUUGCCAGCAAUACUUCCUCUUUGCAGAUCACAGACUUAGCCAAUUCUACCACCAGGCAAGACCGAUUUGGGGGGCUUCAUUUCUUCAAUCCUGUGCCCGUGAUGAAGUUGGUGGAGGUCAUCAAGACACCAAUGACCAGCCAGAAAACAUAUGAAUCUCUUAUGGACUUUAGCAAAGCUUUGGGAAAGAGUCCAGUAUCUUGCAAGGAUAGCCCUGGAUUUAUUGUAAACCGUCUCCUUGUACCAUAUCUUAUGGAAGCAAUCAGGAUGCAUGAAAGAGGGGAUGCAUCAAAAGAAGAUAUUGAUGUAGCCAUGAAGUUGGGAGCUGGUUACCCCAUGGGCCCAUUUGAACUCCUGGACUAUGUUGGUCUAGAAACCACAAAGUUCAUCGUGGAUGGCUGGCAUAAAAUGGAUUCGAAAAACCCAUUAUUCCAACCCGUCCAAGAGCUAAAUAAAUUGGUAGAAGAAAAGAAGUUUGGCAGGAAGACAGGAGAAGGAUUUUACAAAUACAAAUGAUCCCCUUGGUGUCUCGAGUGAGGAAGUCUCUGUCCGCAGACACCAGUUGGCCAUCUCAAGAGCCCGGUGGGAAUGCUUGGUCAGAAGUUCCCUCACCCAGCCUGCCCUGAUCUUUGUGCAUUUUGAUUGUUAUCUCUCUGAAGAUUAUUUUGCACUCAUUAUAUAAUAACAAAUUUCUCCAUUUGGGAGCUAAUUUUUUAUUUUAUUCUGCUCAAAUUUUCUAUAAGUUUUAUGCCCUUUGUGCCUUGGAACAAAUGAUGCCUUUGACUCUGUUCAUUUUCUUGUAAAAUUAUAUGCUUAUUAAGAAAGUGGCACCACUUCAUGUCUUCUCCUAUUUGGGGGAUGCAUGUACCAUAGGUGUCUUGUACCUCUGUCUGUGUGUAUGUGCGUGUUUUAAGCUGUGCUUACUCUCAUCCAGCAGGUGGCAGUAUGUACCUGGCCUUUUAGGAGACCAUGCGCAUAUACCUUACUCCCUUAGGAGGUUUCACCAUGUUGCUAGCUUCAAAUUUGAAACAAUCUGACCAGACACCGAAGAAUAGAAACUUUGGUUUUAAUUCAGCCCUUUUUCAGAAGAAAAACAAUCCUAUGAUAUUGCACUUAAUGGAGAAUUGGUACCAUUUUUCUGGAUUUCCUAAUUAUUCACUUUACUUUCCAACCCUUUUGGAAACCACUGUAUAGAUUGGAUUUGUUAAAAAUGUACACUUUUUUAAAAAACAAAAUUUAAUAAAACUCAAGUAAUGAUAAAAGUGCAGUUUGGUAAUUUAAGACAAAUGCUCUGGGCUUAAAAAUUUUCCCCCAGAAAUGGCAUGAAGGUAGGGACAUAGGAAAUAAUUCUGGUCUAGAUCUUCAUGUGGCUAUCAUUUUCAUGGUUGCUUUUCCUUCUCGGUUAUAAAAAGAGAUCUCUGAUUAUUUAAGAUGAUGUCAAUUACUUUGAGUAAAGGAAUCUAGGCUUCUUUUAAUCAUUGUUUGAAGAGGUGUCUUCAAAGAUGUGGAGUGUCAGGAUUGGAAAAGAUCUUAAGCAUUGUCUAGUUCCACUCCAUAAUUUUACAAAUGGGGAAACUGGGGUCCAGAAAAGUUAAAUGAGUUGACCAAGGUCACACAGCUGAGCUGGGAAUUAGAACCUCAGUAGUAGAUGACAAGAUAAAGUACUGGGAUGAAGCUGGGGGAAAAAAAACACAACAACCCACAGACCUAUUCCCUCCCCACCCCCCAGCAAAAGUCAUUGUUAGUAUAUAUUGGGUUAAAAGUUCAAUGCUAGGGAAAUGGGAGAAGGGAAGGGAACAUUUUUUCUCUAAUCACACAUUAGCAAAAAAAA